AUGUCAUCUGCGACGAACGAUACAGCAAAUCAAAACAGUGGCAAAUUACCAGUACAAGAAUCAAUCGAUUCUCCUCAGAUAGACAAUCGAACGUUUUGGAAUGACCCGGCAGGCAAUCGGAUUAGUUUUGAAGAUGCACCGCAACUUGAGUACGACGAACACGACAUCAAUCUAAUUGCUGAUCGAGAAGUUGAUGAUUAUGGAAUAGAGUACGAUCCAUCUUCCAUUACCGUUGAUGAGUCAUCAAGAAGUCACGGAGCGUUGAAAGGACACAUAACAUCCGAUGGAAUUAUUGAUGAUGAUUUUGAGAAGGAGUUAGGAUAUCAAACAGAAAUCGUUCACGACACUGAAGAUCCAGAUUAUAGUUUAAUCAAGAAAAUUGCUGAAUAUGGUAUCGUUGAAUUAUGCGGUGAGGAUAAAUUUGGUCGAAAAACGAUUAUCUGUUCGGCGUGCCGUUUACCACAUGAAAAUGUUAUUCGAAACAGUGAAUUUCAAACAGUAGACAAAUUCUAUGAUUGUUUACUGAAAUACAUACUGAAGACAUUUGAUCAAUAUGCGGAUAUGGAUUACGUGAUUAUCUACUUUCAUUAUGGCCUACAUUCACAUAAUCGUCCGUCAUAUACUUGGUUACUGAGAGCUUAUAUGAAUAUAGAUCGAAAAUACAAAAAGAAUCUGAAAGCAUUGUAUGUUGUUCAUCCCACGACUUGGAUUAAAUUUCUUUGGCCAUUUCUUCGUUCGAUUAUUAGUGUAAAAUUUUCCAGUAAAUUGAUUUAUAUUAAACGAAUUGGUCAAUUAACGGAAUAUGUGCAUUUGGAGAAUAUCAAAAUUCCAAAUGAAGUCAAGUCUGUUGAUCCACUCAUUCCAAUACCGAUUCCACCGCAAGAGACGAAACCAACGACGAAAUUUAAUGUUUCACUUCAAUUCAUUCUCGACCACGAACCAGGUGAAAGCAUUCCACUUGUUGUCCGACAAACAGUUGAUUUUGUCAAAAAUUAUGGACUCAAUGAACCGGGAAUAUUCCGUCGAGCAGCUCCUGUAACCUUAAUUAAACAAAUUCAAGAACGCUACAAUGAGGGACAACCGGUUGCGUUUCAACAGUAUGGUGAUGUUCAUCUAGCAGCAUGUGUCUUAAAAACAUUCCUACGCAACUUAACAGAACCACUGCUUACCUAUAAGUUGUAUCCUGAACUUCUUGGUCUUUCAGGUACAUUGAAAAGACAACAUCAAAUCGCUGUGAUUCAAGAUUUAGUUAUUCAAAAACUACCAAAACAAAACUAUAAUGUUUUAAAAUAUUUGAUCGAAUUUCUCAAUUUAGUUUCGAUCUACUCAGAUACGAAUCUGAUGACUACAACGAAUCUUUCGAUUGUUUUUGGACCGAAUCUCGCAUGGUCUGAUGAUAUUCAAAUGAAUACAUUAGCAAAUAUCUCAUCAAUUAAUGUUGUUACCGAAACAUUGAUUGCUCAUUACACUGAACUUUUCCUCAAAUAA